AUGGACACCGUCGGCAGCCAGUCCACUGCCUCGGUGCUGGCCGAGCUCAGCUGGGACGAUGGCUACGCCAUCCCUGUGGCCAACGCGGAGAACAAGUUACUGGAAGACGAACUGCAGAAGAUGCAAAAAGAAAAAGUAAACCUGCAAAAUGAGUUGACCAGCUUUAAAGAGUGUGUAGAAGCAAUGACAUCUCAUUUGAGAAACGUAAGACAAGAGUACAGCUUCACACAGUCUCUUUAUAAAGCCAGAGAGAAUGAAAUUGAAACUGAGAAACACUUCAAAGCCCUUGCUGAGAGAGAAUUUGGACGACUCAGAAGUGAGAUUAAACGACUGGAAGAUGAGAUUGUUUCCUUAAGAGAAAAGAAAAACAGUCAAGAAAAUAUUAUAAAUAAAACCACCAAGAAGCUGGAAAACUUAAAACAACAGCUAAACUGUGAUGAGGAAAUGCUGGAGAGGUGGAUAAAGGAAUCAAAUCGUAAAGAUAAUGAUACUAUCACAAUCCAGAAGUAUGCACAACAAGAUGAAGGGAAACUGGGAGCAUUAACCCUUCAAAUAGAAAAGUUGACCAUGCAAGCAAGUCAGAAGCGCAGAGCUCUUGAUAAUGAGCUUACAGAAACCAUCACAGCUCAGCUAGAGCUUGACAAAACAGCUGAAGAUUUUCACAGAGUUCAUCAGGAGAGGCAAGAAGUCAUCAGACAGUGGGAGAAUGCACUACAGCAAAUGCAGAAGAGAGAUCAACAGAUUGAUCAUUGUGCUUUGCUAAUAACAGAGAUAAAACAGGAGAUCCAAAAGCAAGAAAUAGUGCUGAAAGAGAAGACUUCCUUUUUGGUAAAUGAAACUGUUAAUAAUAUGGAAUAUGAAAAGAAAAUUUCUUACGCUGAACGGGAAGCUGCCAGCCUCCAAAAUCAUUAUCAAGUGCAGGAUAUGCACAGGGCUCAGCUGCAGGAUGAGCUGGAUGUUUUGAAAUCCACUGUGGACCGAACUGCUUCUGAUCUAGAGUCUUUGAGAACACAAGUAUCCAAUCUGAAGAGAGAAAUUCAGAAAAAACAAGAGAGCUUAAGCUUUCUUUAUGAAAAAAAUGCAAGUGUUUCCAAUAAACUGAGGCUUGUGACAGAGAAGACACUCAGUUCAGAAGACAAAGCUUUGAGGAUGGAAGAACUACUAAAGGAAGAAGAAAAAAUUGUCAAGGAAAAAGAAACAGAAAUUAACCAGUUAAAAGAACUACUUUUGAAGAAGACUCAGGAGCUAAAGGUGCAGAAGGAUAAGGAGAAGUGUGUUCUAGCAGAAAUUGAGGGAAGUCGAACAUCACUUAAGAACCUUAAGAGUCGACUGCACAGACUUGAUGCAGAUGCAAUAAAACAAGAAGAAUUAGUAUAUAACCAGGAUUUUUAUAUUCAGCAAGUUCAGAAACGGCUGUCACGGCUAGAAGGGGAGGUUAAUGGAGAUGAAAAACAAAUGUUGGAAGAAAAAGUUGCUGAACUUAAGAAAACUUUAGAAGAGAAGAAAAAUACGUAUGAUACCUUACACACACAGCACAAGAAACUUCAGAGUGAUGUCCAUUUCAUCAAGAGAGCAAUGGAUAAGACAGGAGAAGAAACAAGUGGCUUGAUGACCAAGAUAAAUGACCUAAGUCUUUUCAAUGAGAGAUCAGAUCAGGAGUUAAAAAAAGCUAAAGCAACUAAACAGGAGAUGAUGGUCGAAGAUAACCUCCUGAAACUAAAACUGAGUCGUCUUCAAGAUACACUGUGUAAUAAGACAGAGAAAGUUCUAACACUGGAAAAACAAAAACUGGAGUUAAAGAAAGCCAUAGCAGAAAGAAGUGAGGAAAUUAAGACUCAUAAGGCAAUGCUGGAUUCCCAGAUAAGACUUGUGGAUCAGGAACGGCAACGCAUAAGUGCUGAAUUUCAAGAUCGCCUAAGUAAAAUUGAUAAACUUAGACGCAGAUACGAACUUCUUACUGUUGCCAUGAUGCCACCCGAAGGAGAAGAGGAGAAAACUCUUACCUACUAUGUAAUCAAGGCUGCACAGGAAAAGGCAGCACUUCAACAUGAAGGUGAUGAUUUAGAUGCGAAGAUCUGCAAAGCUGAAAAAGAAAUGGUAGCUCUGGAAAACACUUUGCAGGUACUUAAUAACUGCAACAGCAAUUACAAAAACUCUUUCAAGGAAGUCACUGAGACAAGUGAGGAAUAUGAGGAAACCUUGAGAUUAGAGGAGGAGAAAAGGGCUGCUGCUGAAAAAUACAGAUACAAACGAAGACAGAUCAAGGAACUUCAAGACAACCUCCAGAGCAUGGAAGAGCACUUUGACACAGUACUGAAGCAGGAGGCCCUCUUCCAAGAGCAAAAGAUGAAAAAACAAGCUCUUAUUUUGCAGCUGAAUAAAGACAUAGAAAAACAGAAACCAAAACUAGAAAGGGUUAUAAAACAGUCUUCUAGACUAUCCAAAGAAAUUCAGUCUCUGAAGGAAACUAAAACAGAAACACAAGAAGAAAGAGACAUUGAGCUUCGUGACCUGAAAAGCUUCAACAGAACCAUUGACAAAUUGUUAGCUGAUGUUCUAGAAGCAAAUCCUGAUUUAACUUCAUCCUUUCAAAUGUACUUUCACCAGUACAAUUUGGAGCUUCCUACAACUGCUUCUGCUGGUGGUAGUCAGAGUUCUCGAUCACCAUCCAUCCAAAGCUCAGUAGCUUCUACCAGAUCUUCUUCCAGAAGCACAAGUUCAGGCUCUAGGCAAACUUCAUCACUCAAAGUCAUCGAUCUGAGCUUGCCUAUCGGCACUCCUGCAGAAGCAGCUGCUGUUGGUUCACAGCCAUCCAGCAGGAGCACCUCUGACAUCCAUAAACGCAAAAAGUCAUCUUAA